GAGUCAGUAUAUUGUGCAACCCUAGAUCUGAGAGGUCUGGAUGGUUCAAAAUGGUGCAGCAGAUCAGAGAUGUAUUUUUGGCCCAAUGUCUUUUGCCUUUUAUAAACCAAAAGUAGAAUGUUGAAGUAAAUCAUUUGACUCACAGGAAGCCAGUCUAAAGAUCUGAGAACUGGACUCAUGUGGUCUCUAGCAGCAGUGUUCUGAAUCAGCUGUCUGAUCGACUUUUCAGAGAGAUCCUGUAAAGACAGUGUUAAAGAGUUUGAGUCCACUAAAGUUUUUCUAAAUCCUGUUGAGUGGAAGUGUGUAGAUGUGGAACAGAAGAUGCCCAAGAAUGGUGAAUUGUUAUGAGCUUCCAUUGUUGAAUAUGCAAUUACAGAUUGACACAAAAUAGUUACUGUCCCUUAAAUAGGAUUCCUAUUCCUAUUUAUUAAGUUAUUAAACAAAAUGGCAACCCCACCUCCUUUCUUAUGCACUUAUGAAACUGAAGUUGGAGGGCAUGACUCUGUAAGAACUGCUGCACUGUUGUUAGGCUCAGUUUCAGUUUAAAACAUCAAAUCAAGGUUGUGUUUAAUAAUUAUAUCAUUAAAUAGUAUUUUCCUGCCAAAGACCUGACAUAUAAUAAAGCUUAAUUUAGUAUUUUAAAAGUUCUUUGCUACUUAAAUUAUCUUUUUUUUUUUUUGAAGACUGUGGCUGACAAGUAACUGAUAUCAUGCUUGAUAAAUCUGCAGAUUUAGUCAAUUACAUUUUGUUCUCUUUUGACUGAGCGAGCUUCAGUCAAAAGUACAUAACGUGUAGAUAAUCACUUCUAACCACUAGGAACAGCUCACCACUGUCUUGUUAACUUUUUUGUAGUGCAAUACUUUUUGCACAUUUCGCUAAAAUACCUCACUUAGUAGCUGCAAAGUGCAAACUGACACACAUUCAGCAGAUCAACUGAUUCUAACGCUAACCACGAUAAACCUAUUCUUCUGUGUAGCUGCAGCUGAAUUUUAAGAUGGCAUUGUGAAUUAGAAGUCACUAUUUGUCUGAUGUUUGAUAUCUUCUUCAGUUGAUCUCACAGUGAAGUGCUUUGGCACAUCCUGUCCUGUUUUCAGCACUGCUGCUGAUUUAAGCCAUGUGUUCUCUCUUUCAGAAAGUCUCUCAAAAAGUGAAAAUGUCAAAGAUAGACAAGAUGAGCAUCCUAGGGGUAAGGAGCUUUGGGAUUGAGGAUAAAGACAAACAGGUCAUCUCUUUCUUCAAUCCUCUGACUGUGCUGGUUGGACCCAACGGAGCAGGGAAAACGACUAUUAUUGAGUGCCUUAAAUAUGCAACAGCAGGAGAACUCCCCCCUGGAUCUAAAGGAGGUGCUUUUGUUCAUGAUCCAAAGGACGCCCAUGAGACGGACGUGCGAGCACAGAUUCGGCUGUUAUUCACAGACGUCAACGGAGAGAAAGUGACAAUCCAGCGCUCAAUGUCCUGCACACAGAAGGCAAAGAACUACUCCUUCAAAAGCUUGGAGCAGGUCAUUACCAGAAUUAAAGAUGGUGAGAAGGUGAGCUUGUCAUCCAAGUGUGGUGAACUGGAUCGGGAGAUGAUUUCUUCACUGGGUGUGUCGAAGCCUGUGCUGAAUCAUGUCAUCUUCUGUCACCAAGAAGAGUCCAAUUGGCCACUAAGCGAGGGCAAAGCACUCAAAGACAAGUUUGACUCCAUCUUUGCUGCAACCAAGUACAUCAAAGCUCUGGAGACGAUGCGUCAGCUGCGUCUCAAACAGAGUCACACAGUCAAAGAGUGUCAGGUAGAGCUGCGCUACCUGAAGCAGAACAAGGAGAAAGCCCAGCAGAUUAGAGAGACUGUAGCCAACAAGCAGGCUCAGCUGAGGGUCUCUGAAGACCUCAUCCAGAAGAUAGAGAGCCAGAUUGCUCCACUGGAGAAUCAACUGGCAGAUAUUGACAUGAAACUGGGGAACGUGAUGAAGCUGGACAACGACAUCAAGGCCUUAGACAGCAGGAAGAAACAGAUGGAGGAGGACAACAAGGAACUGGAGGAGACAAUGGAACAGGUGUUCCAGGGUUCAGAUGAGCAGCUACAGGACAUUUACCAGAACCACCAGAGGACGGUGAAGGAGAAAGAGCGGAGAUUGAAUGACUGCCAGAAGGAGCUGGAGAGAGCUGGGCGGGAGUGUCAGAGACUCAACAGAGUCAAGGCUGAUCUCUUGGUAGAACAAGGUCGUUUACAGUUGGAGGCUGACCGCCACACUCAAAACAUCAAGAACCGCGACAGUCAGGUUCGCUCUUUGUCGUCUUAUCUGGAGAUGGAGGGUUAUGACCGACCACCCUUCACCACUCUUCAGCUUGAGAGCUUUCAUAGUCACGUCACACAGAGACUGGAUCAGGAAAAGGAGACAGUCAGUCAGGUUUUGGCAGACCUGCAGGAAAAGGAGCAGCAGAAGCAGCAGUCCAUUGAUGAAAUGAGGGAUAAGAAGACUGGCCUGGAGAGAACCGUGGAGUUGAAGAGAGACCUGCAGGGAAAGAAGCAGCAAGAACUAAGGAACAUCAGGGCAGGGCUGCAGAGGCUGGAGGGUUCAUCUAGCCGACUGCAAGAACUGGAGACUGAACUGGCUAAAGUGGAGCGUGAGCUGCAGAGUGCAGUUCGGAGUGCCAACAUUGAGGAGCUGAAGGCGGAGGUCCUGGCGCUCCAGAGAGAAAAGGCUGAACUUGACCGCGCACAGAGACAGCUCGACAAAGAGAUGGAGAUGCUCAACACACACACUAAAGCACGCACGGAGAUGGACAUGCUGAAAAAGGACAAGACAGAGAAGGAGGAACAGGUACGUAAGAUCAAGUCUCGUCACAGCGAGGAUCUGGUGUUAUUGCUGGGCCACUUUCCCAACAAGAGAGAGCUGGAGGACUGGAUCUAUGCCAAGUCUAGGGAAAUCAACAGUACAAGAGACAGACUUGCCAAACUCAAUAAGGACCUGGCAUCAAGUGAGCAGAAUAAAAGCCACAUUACUGCUGAGGUACGGAAGAAGGAGCAGCAGUUAGCCAAUGAUGAAGAGAAGUUCUUCAAUGUGUGUGGCAGUCAGGAUCUGGAGCAGGACCUGAGCAAACUGCAAGAAGAUCUGGAGAAGGUCUCCAAACAAAGAGCCAUGCUCGCUGGAGCUACAGCAGUGUACACCCAGUUCAUCAGCCAACUGACAGAGGAGAGAGAGCCCUGCUGCCCUGUGUGCCAGCGGACAUUCCCCUCAGAGUCUGAUCUGCAGGAGGUUAUCAAUGACAUGCAGUCCAAACUCCGCCUGGUGCCAGAUAAGCUGAAAAACACAGAGCAGGACCUGAAGAGGAAGGAGAAGAAGAAGGAUGACAUGAUGAGUCUUAGACCUGUCAGGCAGUCCAUUGUACAGCUUCAGGAAAAGGAGUUGCCUGAGUUGAGAAACCGCCUGCAGACUGUGAACAGGGAAAUCGAGAGGCUAAAGGGCGAUGUGGAGGAGCAGGAGACUCUGCUUGGUACCCUGAUGUCAGAGGAGGAAACAGCCAAGGCCUGCCUGCAGGAUAUAUCUCUCAUGGACAGAUACCUGAUGGACCUUAAAGAGGUAGAGAGAAAAAUAGCUCAGCAUGCAACCAAACUCCAGGGAGUAGACCUAACCAGAACCAUCCAGCAAGUCAGCCAGGAGAAACAGGAAACCCAAUACAGGCUAGACACCACCUCCAGUAAGACGGAGCUGAAACGUAAGCUGAUCCAGGACCAGCAGGAUCAGAUUCAGACGCUGAAAAGUGCUGUGAAUGAGAAGAGAGCAGAGAAACUCCAGCUGAGCAGUGAUAUGCAGAAACAGCAGCAGCUGGAGGAGCAGUGUGUGGAGUUCACCACUGAAAUACAGGCCUUAACCAGAGAAAUCAGGGAAGCGAAGGAACAGCUGUCCCCUUUAUCUUCUGCUCUGGAGAAGCUGCAACAGGAGAAGCAGGAGCUGGUGGAACGCAAGAGGCUGAGGCAGGGAGAGGGGCAGGAGAAGAUCAAUGCCAUUAACGAGAGAGUGAAGGUGAUCACCACCUUGGAAAGAGACAUUACCAAAUACGUUGAUGACAGCAAAGACGAAUACAAAGAGCAAAAAGAGUCUGAGCUUCAGGAAACCAACACUCAGCUCCAUGAGGCUGAGAAGUCUAAAGAGAAGAUCAACAAAGAGAUGGGAAACAUCCGCCAGGACAUAGACACUCAAAAGGUCCGGGAGCGCUGGUUGCAGGACAACCUCACCUUGAGGAAGCGUGUUAAGGAGUUGAAGGAGGUUGUGGCAAAACGCGAGGCUCUUUUGAAAGACAUGGGCAACAUGCAAGUUUUGGAGCUACGCCAAGAACGGCGUGAUGCGGAAUGCAAGUUCGAAGACUUAAAGAAGAACCGCAGUAUUGCACUGGGUCGUAAGAAAGGCUUUGAGGAGGAGAUACUGCAUUACAGAAAAGAGCUGCGAGAAGAUCAGUAUGACAAAGCUGAUGAGCUCUACAAAAACAAGAUGAUCACAAUGAGGACCACCGAGCUGGUCAUUAAAGACCUGGAUCUUUACUACAAGGCCCUUGAUCAAACCAUCAUGAAAUUCCACAGCAUGAAGAUGGAUGAGAUCAACAAGAUUAUCAGAGACCUAUGGCGCAGCACUUACAGGGGUCAAGAUAUUGAGUACGUGGAGAUCAGGUCUGAUAUGGACGAAAACUCGUCUGCUGGAGUGAGGCGGAGGGUUUACAACUACAGAGUAGUUAUGGUGAAAGGAGACACAGCUUUGGAUAUGAGAGGACGCUGUAGUGCCGGUCAGAAGGUGUUGGCAUCCCUGAUCAUCCGUCUAGCUCUGGCAGAGACCUUCUGUCUGAACUGUGGGAUCCUGGCCCUGGAUGAGCCCACCACCAACCUGGACCGGGACAACAUUGAGUCAUUGGCACACGCCCUCGUAGAAAUCAUUAAGAGUCGCUCUCGCCAGCGUAACUUCCAGCUGCUGAUCAUCACCCACGAUGAGGACUUUGUGGAGCUGCUGGGGCGGUCCAGCUACAUCGAGCACUUCUAUCGCAUCCGUAAGAACCAGGACCAGAACUCUGAGAUCACAAAGUGCAGCAUCACCUCCCUCUCAUCCUAUCUCCACUGACAAAUGACUCUGUAAACUCUUUUGGAAAUCCACAGUAAUCCUUGUUUUUCAUGCUUUAAUUUUGGUUGGGCAGGGUCACUAAUCGGUUAGUUUAAAAAGUGUAAUACAAUAUUUCCGGGUUUUGUAGCAUAAUGGAAAUCUACUUUCAAGUCACGCCUUAUAUUAACUGGUUUAAAGGUUAACUGAUGUGAACAAUACUAAUACUACCCAAAACAAAAAGACUGUCAAAUAUCCAUGCAGCUAUAUGUAACAUUUUUGAUCUGCAACACAGUAUUACACUUAUUUUAUUUAUCACCAGAACACAAAGGCCAAGCUCUGUUCUGUCCCUGUCUGAAUCCAGUAUUUCCCUAACGUAUCCUGUGGUCUGUCUCUUUUUUAAAGGUUGUUUGGAUACAUUCACAAAUCAAAAACAUUUAAAAAGUGACAUAAGUUCAGCCUAAUAUAAAGCAUGUUCAGCUUCCAUGUUACGGAUCAAGACUUUUCUGUAUUGUCAUUUUGAGAUGUGCACUGGUGUUUGUAGUCUUUUCACAGUGUCCAGUAGCCAUGUGGUGGACAGCAGUGGCAACAGCAGGAUCUGUUCUGCUUAAAAAUUCAGGGCACUGUUUCAGUUUGCAGUUGGAUUUCCAUAUUUGCUAUUUGUGAGCUCAAAAUGUUCUGUCAUUAAAUUUCUUGUGAAGGACA